UCCAGUGCCGACGACGACGACGACGAUGUACUCAAUUAUGCCAAAUCUGGCCACACUGUCAUCAAGUUUAAUUUAGAGGAUCGAAGAACGCGGGACGGUUGUGUUCAUCGUUUAGACGCUGCGUACAGUGUUGAGAAUCAAGAUAUUUGAAAGAAAUGUCGAUAGCCUCCUGUAACGAAGAAUGAUAAUAAAAGGAAAAGGAAUAGAUGCCGGUUGCAUUGGACGGUGUAUCGGUAACUAAUUAUAAAAAAAAUUACGUGUAUCUUAUCGAGAAGUAAAUAAGUAUCGAACGGUCAGAAGUGAAAGACGUGGAAGAAAAUGGAAGUGAAGAAUUUGAAAAUCGACCAACAUAUAUUUGAGAAGGUUCUUCGGCGUCAGGUGGCGGACGACACGGUGAAGAUAUUGGAGAUUAGCAAACAAUGCCUCUCCGAGAAGGGGUUAAACUUUUUGAGCGAUCUCUUCGUAGCCACUAUAAAGUAUACGGUGACGUCCAAGAACGAAAAGUCAAAAUCGAAGCGUUCGACGGACGUGAUUAUCAAAAUGGAACCAAUGUCGGAGUUUUCCCGGUAUCUCGUUCGCAAGCAAGAUCUUUUUAUCUCGGAAUUGAUCGUUCUACGCGACGUUGUACCAAAAAUAAAAAAGCUCGUCGGUCGUUCGAUCGGACCGCAACUAUGGUAUUGUUCCGCUAAUCCAAAGGUUCUCAUCAUGGAGAAUUUAAUAACGCGUAAAUUUCUUAUAAAAGAUCGCCAGAAGGGAUUGUCGUUGGAACACUGCGUUCGCGUUAUCGAGUUACUUGCCAAGUUUCACGCAGGAUCUGUUGCCGUUCGUGAAAAGGAUCCAAAACUGAUCGAAUCGUUCAAAGACGGUGGCAUUGUGUCGACGAAAUGUCCAAAAGCUUUCUUUCGGCUGAUGGAAGUGAGCCUGUUGCGGAUAGCUAAUGAAAUCCAAACGUGGUCGGAUGAAAAGUGUGCCAGAGCCGCGCCUAAAUUAAUUAAUCUGGCGAAAACUAUCGGAACGCAAUGUGUAAAGGUGUACGAGUACGAUUCCAACGAUUUCUGCGUGUUAAAUCAUGGAGAUUGUUGGAUCAAUAAUAUAAUGUUUCGAGAAAACGAGAAAGCUCAACCCGAAGAUGUGCUUCUGGUCGACUUUCAGAUGGCUGUGUACACGUCUCCAGCCAUCGAUCUGUUAUAUUUUUUCAAUAUUUGCCCGGAAUUCGAUAUAAAAUACGACAAGGACGAUUACUUUUUGGAAGUAUAUUUGAAGAAGCUGAACGAAACUAUGGAAUACAUCGGUUGCAAAGAGAAACCGCUAACGAUGCAACGAUUGAAAGAAGCAUUGCACAAAAGGAGAGUGUACGCAGUCUUUUCUGGAAUCGUACUUUAUUUACGAAUGAUGGCGAACACUGACGACACGGAGGAUUUUACGGAAGUGCUUCAGAAAUUGUCGGGCGAAACUAAGAUGAACGUUUUCAAAAAUCCAGACGCGGUGAAACUGGCGCACAAAAUGAUCCCGGUGAUGGAAGAAAGAGGCUACUUGGAUUGAAAUUAUUUUUGACAUAUUUAUACCGUACUACAUACCAUGUAAACGAAAAUAUUUGUAUCGAUCGCUUAAGGAAUACGCCGCGAUAGAAAGUAAAGUUGUGCAUAAAAUGUUUUUGUGU